UGCAACUGAGGAAGUUUCAGAGACUUGGUGUGUUGCUUUCUGACCUCACUGCUGAGUACUGAGGGAAGCUUAGGCCAAAUCUUAAGGUGCGACAUGGCGCGGAUAUGCACACCGCAUACGAAGAAUGCAGUGACCUAUGAGGAUGUGCGUGUAAACUUUUCUCAGGAAGAAUGGGCUUUGCUGGAUCCCUCCCAGAAGAGUCUCUAUGAAGAUGUGAUGCAGGAGACCUAUAGCAACCUCACUGCUAUAGGCUAUUAUUGGGAAGACCACAAUAAUGAAGAAUGUUCUCAAAAUUCUCGAAGACAAGGAAGGCAUCUUCAAUGGGAAGAAAUCAUUUACACUGGAGAGAAAAACCAUGAAUUAGUGCAACAUAAUGAAGUGUUUUCAAGUCACAAUCAUUCUCAGAUACAUAAAAGAAUUCUUACUGGAGCCUUUGUAUAUUGGAGCCAUAAAAGAACACAUCCUGUAGAGAAGUCCUGUGAAUAUGAUCACUGUGGUAACGCCUUUGCCCAUAACACCCGUCUUCAAAGACAUAAAAAAACAUAUACUGGAGAGAAACCCUAUGAAUGUAACCAAUGUGAUAAAGCCUUUGCAUGUCACCGCUAUCUUAAAAACCAUAAAAGGACACAUACUGGAAAGAAACCCUAUGAAUGUAACCAAUGUGGCAAAGCCUUUGUAUAUAACAGCUAUCUUCAAAGACAUAAAUCGACACAUACUGGAGAGAAACCCUAUGUAUGUAACCAAUGUGAUAAAGCCUUUGCUCUUCUCGGUCAUCUUCAAAGCCAUAAAUGGACACAUACUGAAGAAAAACCUUAUGAGUGUAACCAAUGUGGUAAAGGCUUUGUACAGAACAGCUAUCUUCAAAAGCAUAAAUGGACACAUACUGGAGAAAAACCCUAUGUAUGUAACCAAUGUGGUAAAGGCUUUGUGCAGAAUAGCAAUCUUCAAAAGCAUAGAAAGACACAUACUGGAGAGAAACCCUAUGAAUGUAACCAAUGUGGUAAAGGCUUUGCAAGUCACAACGAUCUUCAAAACCAUAAAUGGACACAUAGUGGGAAGAAACCCUAUGAAUGUAACCACUGUGGUAAAGCUUUUGCAUGUCACAGUAAACUUCAUAGACAUAAAAGGACACAUACUGGAGAGAAACCCUAUGAAUGUAACCAAUGUGGUAAGAGCUUUGUACAGAACAGCAAUCUUCAAAACCAUAAAAGGACACAUACUGGAGAGAAACCCUAUGAAUGUAAUCAAUGUGGUAAAGGCUUUGUAAGGAACAGCAAUCUUCAAAACCAUAAAACAAUACAUACUGGAGAAAAACCAUAUGAAUGUAACCAAUGUGGUAACGGCUUUGCUCGCCACAGCUAUCUUCAAAAGCAUAAAAGGACACACAGUGGAAAGAAACCCUAUGAAUGUAACCAAUGUGGUAAAGCCUUUGCAUGUCACAGCUAUCUUUAUAGACAUAAAAGAACACAUACUGGUGAGAAACCCUAUGAAUGUAACCAAUGUGGUAAAGGCUUUGUACAGAACAGCCAUCUUCAAAACCAUAAAAAAACACAUACUGGAGAGAGACCCUAUGAAUGUAACCAAUGUGGUAAAGGCUUUGCAAGUCACAGCAAUCUUCAAAACCAUGAAAGAACACAUACUAGAGAGAGACCCUAUGAAUGUAACUAGUGUGGUAAAGCCUUUUCAAGUCACAGCAAUCUUAACAACCGUAAAGGACACAUACUGGAGAGAAACCCUAUGAAUGUAACCAAUGUGAUAAAGGCUUUGCAAGUCACAGCAAUCUUCAAAACCAUAAAAGGGCAGAUACUGGGGAGAAACCUUAGGCACGUAACCACUGUGAUAAAGUCUUUGCACAGAAUGGUACAUUUCAGAGACAUGAUUGAACACAUACAGGAGGGAAUCCCAGUACAGUAAUACAUUUACACAUAUUAAUAAUCUUAAGUGGUAUAAAAGAACACAUACUGGAGAGAAACCUUUAGCAAUAUCACCAAUGCUGGGAAGACUUUGCAUACUACUGUCAUCUUCAAAGGCAUAACAAUCACAUACUGGGGAAAACACUGAAUGUACCUAAUAUGGUAAAUCCUUUAGAUGUAGAGUGGUAUCAAUUUGAGUGAACUGCUAUGAAUGUAGUCAACUUGAUUAAACCUUUGCAUAUUAGAGGCACCUUCUAAUGCAUGAGAGGAAUCAAUCUGGAGGAUAUGGUGUAUGUGUAUGUCAGUGUGUUUGUGUGUGUUUGUGUGUGCACAUGUAUGUCUUUCUUUUGGCUAAUCUUGCCAUGCUUUUCCUCCUACUAAAUUACCUUGCCUAGGUUUGAUAUGAGGAUUUGUUCCCGUUUUUAUUGUCACAUUAUGCCUUGUUCAGUUGAUAUCCAAAAGAGGCCUGCUAUUUUUUGAAGGUGAUAGGAAAGGACUGGAUCUUGGAGCCAUGGUAGCUUUGGAAAGUCAUGGAGAAGUGUAGGGAAGGGAAAACAACCCAGGAAUAAAACCUUCAGGCUAUAAUGUUUUCUGCUUGCAAGAUGUGCUUGGUCAAUGCUACCAAUAUUGUGGUGGUAGCCAAAUAUUGACUGGUUUAAUUUCAGGAACAUAAAAGAAGGUGCUUGUAACUGACACUGACUGGAUGACCAGAAAAUAGAAGCAAGAUAACCCAGCAUCAUACCUUAGAACCAAAUAUAACCACCCCCUUUCACAACAACAACAAAAACCAUAAUGAUGUUCUGUUCAUAGUUUGGUGACUAUUCCAACUGUCAUUAAAGUCUAAAGACUACUUCAGCAGGGCAUGGAGUAGUAUGAAUGACCCACACCUAAACACAAGGUAUAGAGAAGCCAGGUUUCCAGUCUCUAUUUUUUCUUAACUAUGAGCUUAGCGAACCCCAGAGAAGAGAGACAGAAAGAAUUCUGGAAACCAUAGGUGUAAAAGACAUAAGGAGACCACAGGCAGCAUAAUUAUCUGAGCUGGAUUCCUGGAUUUUCCCAGAUGUUGCAGUACACUCUUGGAGCCUGUAUAGUCCUACACUAGGUAAACUGCAAAUAUACUAUGGUUCCUGGCUGGUGGAUUAUUGUGUGGUGUGUGGAAUACUGAGAGUUGGUGUGAAGGACUGAUGCCCUCCUAUUGGUUGACUUCUCUAAGUCUUGAAACAAGGGUUUUUGCCUCUUCUAGUUUUAUGUAACCUUGUGUUUCAUUAAGGUGUCUGGUAGGCCUACUUUUUCUUGGGUAGACAUAAGACAGUUAUGCUUGGGAAGAGGUGAGUUGGGGGAAGAAUUGGAAGUGGUAGAAUGAGUGAUAGCUCCAGUUGGAAUCGAAUGUAGUAGAUAAGAAUAAAUAAUAAUAAAAAAUGGAAAUAUGCAAAACCUUAGAGAUGAAAGGCUUUAAAAUUUGCAGUGGAUAAAAUUUACAUAUAAGAUAUUUGAGCAUCAUUUGUUUGUUAAGUUACAGGAUUAGCUUCAGUAUGAGAUAAUUUGAAAAUCUAGAGUGUGUGUCUUUAUCCUUUAAUUGAUCUGUGAGUCGGCCAAGUGAUUUGUAGGAAGAAAGUGAGGUUUUAGGAUCUUCUGAACCCAAUGAGGAUGAGAUAGUCAUACCAAGUCCACAAGGGAAUGAAGGAAGAGACAAAAAUACACCAGAGAGAUGUUCAUGAGGUAAGGGUAAAAGUAAAAGUUGAGGAUGAUAUAAGGAAUCUCUGAGUCUUGUGAAUGGAUCUUAGAAUGAACAGAGUGGAAAAAAAGACCUCCCAUGCAGUCAUAAUUCCCUUAUCCUAGAAGCAUCUCUUAUAGCUAGAGAUGAGGAGCACAAGGCUAAAAUACUUAGGCCCAGGUGCUAAUGAAGAUAGAUCAGGUAGCUCUGAGAAUUAUGCAAGGGAAUGUACACUUUUCCAAGGGGGCAGAAGAAAGAGCUAGACCUGUAGCACCUAAAAAUAAGCAACCCAAAUGCCCAUGAAUUAUCUGAGAGAAAGAUUUCAGAAAUAUGAGUGCCAUGAUGUCUAGAAUCUAUAUUUAGGGCAGCUCCCCAGAAUAAUAAGAGAUUUAUAUGAGAGAAGCGUCACAGGUCACAGAGGAUAAUCAUCUGUAUUCAUGUUAAAUGGGAAGGACUAUAAGGGGUCCUGGUACACAUGUGUUGCUUUUGUUAUAGUAGUUAGGAAAAUAGGAAGUUCUGAUUUAACACUUAACACUGGAGGAGGAGACACUAACAGUCAGAACUAGUAGAGGAGAACUCUAUUAAAAUGAUGGACUAGAAGAAGCUUUUGUGAAAGAAGAGGUUUCCAACACAGGGAGACAAGUUAACUGUCUCAGUUGUCCCUUUGUUUCUGCCUGUAUAGAGUGUACCAAGAGCCAGAAGCCAGAGUCUCGCUGCCAAAAAAACAUUUAGGGAAGUGGUGAGCAUGACAAGUGCUGAGAAGAGUCAGGAAUUUAUUAUAGGUAUUAGCAGCCAGCUCCUGCCUUUUAUAUGUUAAAUAACUUAGGCAUCUGUCCUUACUUUUUUUGACACUUCACAACAUACAAAUAAAUGAGUGUCUGAGUAUUAGUUCGUUAUGUUUGUUAACCAGCCCUAUGCUUGUUUUCUCUGUAAUUGCUUCAAUGAUUUUUCUGCUUUUUUUUUUUUUUUUUUUUUGUGGCUUGUUUGUGAAAUCAUCAGAGCCCUUGAGUAUAUAGUAUGAACCUAACUAAUCAAUGAUAUUACCUACUUAUACACUACUCUCAAUUCUUUCGUCUUAAAUCAUUCAUUUAUAUGUAUUUUGUAUCUAUGGGAAUUUUGCUUACUUGUAGAUCUGUGAACACAGGAGGUUGCAGAUCAACUUGAACUAGUGUUGCAGAAUGACAUGAGCCACCCUAUGAGCCUUGAGUAAGUACUGCAACUGAGCCAGUGUUCUCUGGAGAAGCAGUAAUUGCUGUUAAUCUGUGUACCACAACUCCAGAAAAAUAGAAAAUGCAUUGGAUCAAAGACGAAUUCCCUUAAAAUGAUGUAGAAUAUUGAGAUUUGUGGACACAUGGCCCAACAUUGACUACAUUCACAUUGUGCUCUGGGCCCUCCAGAGUUGUUUAUUUUGUGAUAAAGACUAGGUAAAUGAGUACUUUUAAAUUUUUGCAGACUUAAAAGUCUUACUAGGUUUGUUUUUAUAAUUUAGUUGGAAAAAUUAUAUGUCAUUCAUAAAUGAGGAAACUGUUUAUCUCUUGUACUUCAGGAAACUGUGCUUGAAUAUACUGUUACUAAUAUGCCUUUGGUAUCAAGUUUGGCAUAAGUCAUUUGCACGUAGAUUUCUUGCAGUACUUUCAUUAUGUUAAUAAUAUCAAUUUCUCUCAAUAUUGUUUUGUCAAAAGAUGUCUUAUUGUUUUUGCUGGUGAACCUCAUUAGCUGGUUUUCAAAUUAUUUUUAUUAGGUUCAGCUUUCCCAUUGGAAGUAUUACUUUUUUUCCUGUUAAAUUAGUAUCUCCACAUAUCUUCAUGAAAAUAAAAUAAUCUCUUUUACAAUUGUAGUACAAUUUGCCAUUCAUUGAAAAUUAAAACAGCCCGUUUAUCAAAUUCCUUUACCAUUGAAAUACAUGUUUUAUAUUUUGCAAAUUAACUCUUCUAUUGAUUCUCCCAAUUAUACUGGAACAUAAUUAAAUCACUAUUUGAAUGAAGGUAGACAGUACCCAUGAGAAGUAUUUUUUGGCGUGUGUGUAUGUGUGUGUGUGUGUGUGUUUGUGUGUGUGUGUAAAAUGUCCUAUCAGGAUAUAUGCCCUUCCAGGAAAGAAACACAUAUUCCAUCAUGUUUAAUAAAUCUCUCUUUAGUCUAAUGCUUUUUUAAUUAAAACACAAUUUUUAAUAAAA